AUGCAGCAACACUGGCAGGGCGACGCGGUGUGGCAGCGGCAUGAGCCGCUGCAGCAUCACCAGGACCACCGCGUGUGCGCGCCCGAGCCCGCCCACAUAGAUGGUCUCGCAUACGAGCUGCAACGGAUCAGCAUUUGCUGCGACGACCGCCUCCGGCGCCUCGAGGCGUGGCAGGCCUGCACCGACGCCGGCGCGGACGGCGUGUCCCAGGUGCUGCGCCAGUUCCAACUGCAGCUGGCCUCCCUGGGCGGGCGCGUGGCGGCGGUGGAGCAAGAGCUGCUGACCCUCCAGUCGGCCGGCGCCUGCUGCGGCGCGGCGCAGCCGCAGCCGCCGCGCCGCGUUUGGGGCGGCAACGGGGCCACUCUCAUCUUAGAGCAUGCCGACGGCCCCGAGCCGCGCCCCGGCUCGCCAGGCAUCGCCCCCGGCAGCGACGCCGAGAGCGGCCCACCGCACCCGCCGCGGCAGCGAUGGGCGUCGCCCACGCGGCGCCAGCCCGCCACGCUCUUUGCGGACGGGACGGGCGGUCCGACGAUGCCGUUUCAGCAGGCCAAUGGGGGUGUGGCCGGCGCCUGCGGUGCCGCGCGCUCGCCGGUGCGGUGGCGCAGCAACCCGUCCGCACUGUUUGCGAGCCACGAAGAUGACGCCUUUUCUCGGCUGGCCUCAGGCGGCGUCGACGCGGCCGCGGACACCGCAGCGGGGGCGGCGGCGGCGGCGGCGGCGGGGCUUGAGGAGCGGCAGAGGGAGUGGGAAGAGCGGACGAGGGAGGAGCUGGCGAGGCAGCUGCAAGAGGAGCGGGAGGAGAGGGCGGCGCUGCAGAGGCAGCACGAGGAGACGGCGAGCAGGUGCGGCCAACGGGGGUCGGACGGGCGGGCAAGGGGGCCGCGGAGCGAUGGCGGUGCCGUGCAGGCUGGUGCGCCAGCCGCGCGUGCGGCCGGGCCACUGACGGCGCGGCUCGUGCAGCCGGCGGCCCCACCUGGGAAGCCGCUUGUGUGA